GUGUGACUGAGCAGCUGCAGAGUAUAAACUUCCUGAACGACACAGACCACGCCUCUCUUUAACCGGUCCGAGCCAACAUGGGUCGUGUCAGGACCAAGACAGUGAAGAAGGCCGCCAGGGUCAUCAUUGAAAAAUACUACACACGUCUGGGCAAUGACUUCCACGUCAACAAGAGGGUGUGUGAGGAGAUCGCCAUCAUCCCCAGCAAACCUCUGCGCAACAAAAUUGCAGGGUAUGUGACACACUUGAUGAAGCGGAUCCAGCGUGGUCCAGUCAGAGGAAUCUCCAUCAAACUGCAGGAGGAGGAAAGAGAGAGGAGGGACAACUAUGUCCCAGAGAUCUCUGCUCUGGACCAGGAGCUCAUCGAGGUGGAUCCAGACACGAAGGAAAUGCUCAAGAUGCUGGAUUUCGGUGGCCUUCCCAAUCUUCAAGUCACUCAGCCAACUAUUGGAAUGAACUUCAAAACACCACGAGGACUUUAGAAUCAUGUGUCAUAAGCCUCUCAAUAAAAUGUGCCCAAAUAACUCCA